GGCACAUACCGGCUUCCCCAGUAUGCAGGCCCAUGGGUGUCAGGGGCGGGAGCCCCCGGCGGGUAGAGGGGCAGGUGAUGCUGCCCUGCUUGAGCCAGGGCUGGCCGGUAACUGCCCACUGGGGGACCCUCCCCAGAGCGUCCAUCUCCCCUCUGCAGAUGCUUGUGGUCCCCAGCGCCCAGGAGCCACUGCGUGUGACGGGCGCUGCUCCAAGCCGAGGCCUGGCUGCGAGGACGAUGCCCCAGCCGCCCGCCGGCCCCGGCCUGCACCAUGAGUGAUGAGUGGCGGCUGCCUGGCAGCGCGGUGGGCUGGCUGGCGUGCGGGGGCCUGUCCCUGCUGGCCAACGCCUGGGGCAUCCUCAGCGUUGGCGCCAAGCAGAAGAAGUGGAAGCCUCUGGAGUUCCUGCUGUGCACGCUCGCGGCCACCCACAUGCUCACCGUGGCAGUGCCCAUCGCCACCUACGCCGUGGUGCAGCUGCGGCGGCAGCACCCCGACUACGAGUGGAACGAGGGCCUCUGCAAGGUCUUCGUCUCCACCUUCUACACCCUCACCCUGGCCACCUGCUUCUCCGUCACCUCCCUGUCCUACCACCGCAUGUGGAUGGUCCUCUGGCCUGUCAACUACCGGCUGAGCAACGCCAAGAAGCAGGCGGUGCACACGGUCAUGGGCAUCUGGAUGGUGUCCUUCACCCUGUCAGCCCUGCCCGCCGUCGGCUGGCACGACACCCGCGAGCGCUUCUACGCCCACGGCUGCCGCUUCAUUGUGGCCGAGAUCGGCCUCGGCUUCGGUGUCUGCUUCGUGCUGCUGGUGGGCGGCAGCGUGGCCAUGGGCGUGGGCUGCACGGCCGUCGCCCUGUUCCAGACGCUGGCCGUGUGGGCAGGACGCCGGGCGGACGGCCGUGCCUUCACCGUGCCCACCAUCGUGGUGGAAGAUGCACAGGGCAAGCGCCGCUCCUCCAUCGACGGCUCGGAGCCCGCCAAAACCUCGCUGCAGAUCACGGGCCUUGUGGCCACGAUCGUGGUCAUCUACGACUGCCUCGUGGGCUUCCCCGUGCUGGUGGUGAGCUUCAGCAGCCUGCGGGCGGACGCCUCGGCGCCUUGGAUGGCGCUGAGUGUGCUGUGGUGCUCCGUGACCCAGACCCUGCUGCUUCCCGUGUUCCUCUGGGCCUGUGACCGCUACCGUGCUGACGUCAAGGCCGUCUGGGAGAAGUGCAUGGCCCUCAUGGCCAAUAACGAGGACUCAGACGACGAGCCCAGCCUGGAGGGCGGUGCGCCCCCGGACCUGGUGUUGGAACGCUCCCUUGACUGUGGCUACAGGGGUGACUUCGUGCCACUGGACCGGACGGGUCCCGCCCACGCGGCGCUUCUCCCACGACGACGCGGACGUGUGGGCCGCCGUGCCGCUGCCCGCUUUCCUGCCCCGCUGGGGCUCCGGCGAGGACCUGGUCGCCCUGGCGCAGCUGGUGCUGCCCGCCCGGCCCGACGGCCGCCGCGGCAGCCUGCUGGCCUUCUCCGAGGACGCGCCCCCGUUCCGCCCGCGCCGCCGCUCGGCCGAGAGCCUGCUCUCGCUGCGGCCCCCGGCCUUGGACGGCGGCCCGCGCCGCGCGCACGACUCGCCCCCCGGCAGCCCGGGCAGCCCGCGCCGCCGCCCCGGGCCUGGCGCCCGCUCCGCCUCGGCGUCGCUGCUGCCCGACGCCUUCGCCUUGACCGCCUUCGAGCGCGAGCCGCACGCCCUGCGCCGCCCGCCCGCCCCGCCGGGGCCCUUCCCUCCCGGCGGCCCCCGGACCCCCGACAGCGCGGAGCCCGCCUGGCCGCGGGCGCCCUCCGGUGGCGGCGGGGGCGCGCGGCGGAGUCCCGUGCCGCGCCGGGCUGGUCCUGCGCCCGCCAGGCCCCUGCGCAGCGGCCGGAGCGCGUCGUGGGGGGAGCCCGGGGGCUGGCGCGCGGCGGGCGGCGGCGGCAGCACCAGCAGCUUCCUGAGCUCGCCGUCCGAGUCGUCGGGCUACGUCACGCUGCACUCGGACUCUUUGGGCUCCGCGUCCUAGGCCCGACGGCCCGUCUCGGACGCCGAGCAGGUGGGGCAGCCCGGGGGGCACCAAAGCACCAAAGAUUCCGCCACCGGGCCCAGCCUAGUGCCACCCUCUCCCGGGGCCAAGGGCGCGGCAGCCUCAGCCUCUCCGUCUUCCGGCUCCUCCCUGGCUGCCCAGGGAAGAAGGAUGGCCUGGCAGAGCACCUGCUGCCCGGGAGGACUGGGCUGGGCGGGGAACAGUGCCGGGCAUGCCUGCCUAUCUGGGUAAAAGCAGGCUCUGGGCGUCCAGCUGCACCCACCCAGUCCUGGGGCAGAUGGGCUGGGGUGGGGAUGCAGAGGGUCUCUAAGCACAGGGGUCUCCAGAGCCCAGAAAGUUCUCUGAGCCGGUCUCCCUGCUUUUGCCCUAUUCUGCCUCAGUUUCCCCAUCUGUAAACACUCAGGGCUGUUGGGAGAAGUCUCCUGUCCUGUCCACUGAGGGGACAGGGGCUUGAGAGGUAGCCCAGGGUCUGUGGUGUGGCCCCAGGCCUGAGGCCUCCCACUUGGGGUGCCCCUGGCCCCUGGGAGCUCCCACCCCACCCCAGCGAAGCACAACACUGCUGCACCCCAGCAUAGGCACCACAGCUGCGUUGACCACCAUUAGCAUCCCUGAACUCAACACUGCCAUCACCCCCUGUUCCCAGCAUGACGGCCACUUCUGUGACUGUACCAUGAAGGGGGGGCACAUGGGUGGGAAGGACUAUAGUGGUGUGUGUGGGAGGGGGAUUUUUUACCUGGUGCCCAUCCUGGCCUCAGUGCCCGCCUGUGCAGGCCUGGCCAAGAAGAGGCCCUGACUUUGAGGCUCCCUGAGUUCUGGGUUCAAGGCUUGGGCCCUGGCGAGAGCCAUCCCCACCCCGGAGCAGAGCUUUUCUCUGCUCCCUCUCCUGGGAAGCCCCUGAGCCCUUGCAGGCCUGGCCUUGCCCCUGGGCCCUGGGUGGGGCCUGCUGGGUCUUCAGAAGAAGAUGCUUGACUAAGGCUAAAUAGGGGCCCAGGAACAGCUGUGACUUUGAGGUGGAGGGACAGGGCAUCUGCAAAAGGUGUCUCCUCCCUGCCCGGCCUGCACCCUGUCCCUCAAACCUGGAAGUACAGCACCGCCCCCACCCCUGUUGCCUCAGAUGGCACAGCCUGUCUUCUCACCCUCUGACAGUCCCAGCCCAGGAGGAGGCCGCUGGGGGUGGGAAGGUGGGACUGUGCAGCUCUUCCUGGGUUCUGGAGGCCCCUCCAGCCCCUGGCUGUGGGGAAACUGGGCUGAGCUGGCCAGCGGUGAGCAAGGCAGGGGGCUGCAGCCCAGCCCCCGCCAUGGGAGGGGCUACCCCUGGCCAGUGCUGCCGUGCCUUCAAGGACUGUUACAUGACGUGGGAUGGGGGAGCAAAGACCACUGACCAGCCAUUGCCCCCCUCCUUCAGGCUGAUCCGUUUGUCACCUUGGGUUUUCACUCUGUGUGUCAUAUCCAAUGGCAAUACUCGCAGGGGGUUGUUGUCCUCCAGAGACUCUCCAGUCCAGGUUUUUACAAAAAAAAAAAAAAAAAAAAAAGAGAGAAAACCCCAAAAUGGAAUUUCCUGUGGUCUGGGGUUUCCACUUGGACCCCAGGACUCUUUGCCCUGGGGGCAGGUGGGGUUUAUCCAGCUAUCACCACACAGCCCAGAGCCAGGGAUCUGUUUGUAGUUUUUUGACAACUGAGCAUUUCUCUUCUGUAUAGGACCCAAUAAAAACUUAUGAUUUGCA